AUCCAAACCUUGAGUUGGCCCUUUACAACGAAUGACUAACCAUCGUAGAAAAUCUGUGAAAAUGUUACAAAUCGUUCAGGAACAAUUGUCAAGCCCGUUAAAUGCUCAACUACUAGAGUUAUGCGAAUCAAAUUUGUUCCAAGAAGCCCCACAAAACUCUGAAGUUGCUUCUAGCUCCAACAAAUGCUACGAAGAACAAUCCUCGUGCAACAUAAACCCCUCUAUUCUACCAUAUUGCUCGACUGGUGUGGAUAACAAUGCCAUUGCUUCCACCACUACGAACGAUUUCUCUUUAAUGUUUGAAGACAAAAUCACUCCUAUUGACCUCACAAACACUUCUCAUUUCACUAACAAUCAAUACCCUUUUAGUAACCAAGACCAAUUCGAUCUCUCUUUGCUCCAAAAUCAAAACCAAUUCAACGACCCUAUCUUUUCAUACCCUUGUGCUCUUUCGAGUGAUCAUGAUGUCCCUAUCGUUGGACCAACAAAAUUGUUAAACAUUUGUGAACAAGACAUCAUAUCUUCUAUGCCGCCUUCUAAGUUCAUGCUACCGGAUAAUAUGUUAUCCUCUAACUAUCCUUUUAUUGAUCCUUCCAUUAAUUCUAACCUACCGAUGUCAACCGAAGACGGGAACUUAUUUCUAGGAAAUGACAUUCAAAUUCAUGAACUUGAAUUUCAUGGUGACAACAAUGGACUCUUUUGCACUGACCAUUUACCACAUUCUUUCAACUCUAACGAUCUUCAGGCAUUUAGCAAUGAAAGUCAGCAUCUUGCGAACGGAAGUGGGAGUUCUACGAUUCCAUUGCCGUCGGAUAUCACAAGCUUGGAGUCAGAAUCCUUGAGAGUUACCACCACCAAACUCACAAGCGAAGAAAGGAAAGAAAAGAUCAACAAAUACAUGAAGAAACGAAAUGAAAGGAACUUCAACAAAAAAAUCAAGUACGCAUGCAGGAAAACGUUAGCAGAUAGCCGACCACGGGUAAGAGGAAGAUUUGCAAAGCACGACGAGUUUGGGGAGAACAACAUAACCAACAGCAACCACGAAGAAGACACAGAUGAAGACGAACAAAAUGUCCAUGAAGUGGUGAAGGAAGAAGAGAAUUUUGAAUCAUCAGACAUCUUGGCACAUAUAAGUGGAGUAAAUUCAUUCAAAUGCAACUACCCGAUUCAGUCAUGGAUUUGAUACCAUGAAAUAUGUUGAUUAACCAUGUCAAUGACACGGGAUGUAUACGUAUAGUUCGCGUAAAAUAAACAGGAAAUUUUGUCAUAAAGGUGAUUAGAGUGUUCAAUGAAAAGCAAUUUUAAGUAGAGAAUUAUAAGGAGUGCAUAAGCAUAUGUAUUUGUUGCUCAACGGAUAUGAUAGUGUGCGAUUACACAAUCGUCUUGUGUAUCACAGAUAAAACA